GGUUAAUGGCUUCUACUUACUGAGCUACCUUUAUGAGAAAGCCAAAUAUAAUCCAAAGAAAAUUCAUGAGAUAUGAUGCAUCGGCUAGUAAAAUUAUAAAAAUAUGAUUGCCUGAACACUUAAUUGUUACGAUAGCUAUUAAUUUUUAUCAAAUUUUACUCGUGGCCUACGAAAUAUGUGUUGAAACUGUUUACCGAGCAACGAACGUAACCAUUACACUCAUCGCUACGUUGGACCAGCCCGAUGCAAAGGAACCCAACAUUCAGCGUGAUAUCACAAGAUUUAUAUUGCACUAGGUGACAUGCCCAGCAGUCGUGAUAUCGAACGAGCUGAACGUAAUGGAAGAUUUCGAUCCCGCAGACGUGGUAGUACAAGCAGUGAUAUAAAUCGUCACAGUUUCGAGGGAUCUGAUAAAAAGCACAGGAGGCAUGGAAAAAGCAAGAGUUCUGGUAAAAAGAAGAAAAAGAGGUCAAGAGAUAAAUCCAUAGAAAAUGUCCCGACUGUAGCAUCUUCGAUUGUUAAACCUUUGGUCGAAUACUCGGAUGUGAGCAGCGAAGAUUUAUCUGAACCAGAAGCAGGGGAAAUUCAAUCAGAGGAAAGUAGGGGUAAUAGCUACACGGACGGAGAAGUACCUGAAUCAGUUUUACAGAGACGUUACUAUGGCGGUAGUCCGGUGCGUGCUCUUGGAGCAUCGCCUAUUAGUCUUUCACCAUCACCACCAGUUCAACACAGGCAUUCUGGUAGACAUUAUUCACCAAAUGAACAGCAACCAUCGGCGAUGCACGGUGGAACGCCUGAAUACGAAGAGGAGUCUAGACGAUAUGCCAGAAGAAAAGAGAAGAAGCACAAACGAGACAAGAAAAAGAAACGAAGUCUUAGUCCUUCAUCUAGUACAGGGAAGAAGAAAAAACGAAAGUCCAAGAGACAUUCGCACAGUUUGAGUCCACAUCGCAUUGCGGAUGAAAUCAUCAUAAGUCCAGAACAUGAAAAACCAGUUGGAAAUUGGUCAGAGUCUCCGCCUUUACCAUUAAAAGAUAGUACUUCCCCGAUAUCGCCCGCGACGCCUCAGGAGCAAAGAUGUUUAAGCGACGUAGAACUUGAAAUGACUAGGCAACCGCGAAAUGUAACUCCUCCGCCUCUUCCUCCAAGGCCAACAGAAUCUCCGCAUACCCCUUUGUUACCACCAAGAACAGUAACACCAGAAAAUAAUAAAGCAGGUUUAUCUACAAUGAAACAUACACCUGAAAGGCAAAAGCAUAGUCCUAGUAUUCAUACUCGACGUAGUAGCGCUAGUCCUGGCCCCGCUAUUAGUUCAAGUCGUAGGAGGCCACAUAGUCCAAGUCCACCGACAAGACGACGGGACCAUAGCCCGACAAGAAGAAGAGAUUUUAGUCCAAAUCCAAUGGUGCAUAGACUCAGGCAUAGUCCUAGUCCAUCCACGAGACGACGAGAAUUUAGUCCGAGUCCUGUAAGUCAUCGACGUAGAGGAGAUCCUGUUAGUUCUUCACCUUCGAGUAAACGUAGGAGACGCGAGGAAACUGACCGGCGACAUAGACAUCACGAAAAAGAUAGACGAGAUAAAAGGAAGUCGAGGUCAACUAGAAGUCCUACCGGAAGCAGGUUGCAUUUACCUCUUUCUCGUUCACGAUCUCGAAGUCCUGGAAGAUGGCGAAAGAUUCAGUCACGUUCAAGAUCGCGUUCACGUAGGCGAAGUCGUACUCCAAAGAAAUCUCGAUCUCCUAGCAAGACUCACAAAUCGACAAGAAAACACAAAUCAAAGAGUCCUCGUCCUUCGAGAAUACCUUCUCCUUCUCCUCAUAGAUCGAGAGCAAGGAGUCCAUCAAGUAUCACAGCAAGAAAUCUUAGAGUGCAAGCAAAAAUUAGUGAGACUAGUUUAUUUGCCGAACUCGUAAAAGACAGAAAUAUGAGGGAAUUGGCGUACAAAAAGUUACAGGCAGCUAAAGAAAAAGCUGUUAAUCAGGAUGAAGUUCAAAUUAUAGAAGGCACUGACGACAAAGAUGCUAGUAAUACAUCCUCUGAGAAUAAAACUUCCAUUGACAAUAAAGAUAAAUAUGUGAAUCACAAGGAACAAUUAAAAACACCAAAUGAAAAUGUGAAAUCUGUCGAUGUCGUGGAUAUUCCUGUACCAAUGUCUGACGAUAGCGGAAUCGCAGGAAAGACUCCACCAUUGCCUAUAACACAGUCUGCGAGUGCACCAAAUUUAAUGUUUGGAGUUAAUCAGCCUUCAGCGAUUGUAUAUACUUCACCUACGAGCACUACGUCUAAUAAUUGUCCAAUGACUGUUACAAAUAGCCCAAACUUUCCAACUGUUACAAAUGUACAAGUACCACCAUUGCCACAAUCUGAGUCCGCAAACGCAUCGGGUUUAUCACAAGUAUCUAUUUCAGUGCCUAUUCCUGUAUCAGUACCUGUUCUCCCAAAUUUAUCUCUUCCGCCGCCACCUAUACCAAUUCCAGUUCCAGCGCCAAACACGGCAAUGUCAAAGUUCAAUCCGCCUAACAAUUUAGUUCCUCUUAAGUCUGUAGAUCCUCCCAAACCUCCCAUUGUGGCAUUUAAAACAAAAAGUUUGUCGCGAUUACCACUGCCACCUGGAAUCAAUCAAAAUGAUUUGGAGAGUAUAGAUUCGCCGCCAAGUCGAUCCCCAAGUCCACCUAGUAAAGCGCAAAUUAAAUUUCCAGCUUCGACUCCAAAACCACCACUAAAGAAGGGUAUUAAAGAUUUACCAAUGCCACCAGUUGUUCCUGGGUCCGAAGAUUUAAGCGGAGAGGACGAUCCAAAUGCAACACCGCCACGCACGAAAGUCGAGCGUAUUCCACCUAAACCGAAGUUAAAGAGACCAAAAAUCUUGAAACGCAGAGGUUCGAGAAAUUGUCAUACGCCCAUGUCGGCUUCUGGUGGCAAAGACUGGGGAGAACGAUGUGUAGAUGUGUUCGAAGUCAUAGCUCAAAUAGGCGAGGGCACUUAUGGACAAGUUUACAAAGCUCAAGAUAAACGUGCUGCUGUGCUUGUUGCAUUGAAGAAAGUACGCUUAGAGAACGAGAAGGAAGGAUUCCCCAUUACGGCAGUUCGCGAAAUCAAAAUUUUGCGGCAACUUAAUCACAAAAAUAUUGUUAAUUUAAGAGAAAUUGUCACAGAUAAACAAGAUGCCUUAGAUUUUAGAAAGGACAAAGGUUCGUUCUACCUUGUGUUUGAGUAUAUGGAUCACGAUUUGAUGGGCCUCCUAGAAUCCGGAAUGGUUGACUUCAAUGAAAUGAAUAAUGCAAGCAUUAUGAAGCAAUUAUUAGAUGGAUUGAAUUACUGCCACAGUAAAAACUUCUUACACAGAGACAUCAAGUGCUCAAACAUAUUGAUGAACAACAAAGGGGAAGUCAAGUUAGCUGAUUUUGGACUUGCAAGACUUUACAAUGCUGAAGAUAGACAGCGUCCUUACACAAACAAAGUAAUCACUUUGUGGUACAGGCCACCUGAAUUAUUAUUAGGCGAAGAACGGUAUGGGCCUGCAAUAGAUGUAUGGAGUUGUGGUUGUAUUCUAGGCGAAUUAUUUUCUAAAAAACCGCUAUUUCAGGCGAACGUAGAGAUGAUGCAAUUGGAGAUGAUUUCCAGAGUUUGUGGCACACCGACACCUGCCGUUUGGCCUUCUGUGAUAAAAUUGCCAUUGUGGCACACACUCAAGCCAAAAAAAUCACAUAGGAGACGUUUACGAGAAGAUUUUUCGUUUAUGCCGGCGCCAGCUUUGGAUCUUCUAGACAAAAUGUUGGAAUUAGAUCCUGAAAAACGGAUAACGGCUGCUGACGCGCUUAAAAGUUCUUGGCUGAAAAAUGUUCAACCCGAACAGAUGCCAGCACCACAGCUUCCUACUUGGCAAGAUUGUCAUGAGCUUUGGAGUAAAAAACGAAGACGACAGUUACGAGAACAGCAAGAGAGCUCUGCAGGAAAGAUACCUCUCCUUCCUCUUCCAAAUAAAGGAGGCCCCCAUAAGGCUAUUGAAGAUCUAUCGGAUGUCGGAGGGUCUUCCAAACGUUUAAAAAUGGAAGCAGGCUACAAUUCUCAUCCAAGUCGACUUGGUACGGAAUCACAUUAUGGAGGAGAUAAUAUGUUUAAUCAGAGUGGGCCGUUUAUGGUCUCACCUUCGUCAUACUAUUAUGCUAGUCCUCCACCUGUUAAACCACGGCUCAAGGGUGAUUCUGGCUCUCAUAUGACAGAACUAUGCGCAGAAGAUAGUCUUGCUCGAAAAUUAAGUAUUCUCACAAAUGCCUUAAAUCAGGGAAAACCAAUUCGUGUUGAUGAUCUCAUGUCACUUCGAUCGGAUAAUGAGAGUGACCCAAAAGUAGUGCAGUUAUUAGGAGAAUUGCAUACUGAACUUCGACUUGCUGCAAGUUCAAGACCAAGUGGACAAUUGGAAUCUCAUCUUCCUGUAUUGAAUCCACCAUCUUUAGAUACGAAUACGUCCCAGUCAGGAAAUUUCGAUGCGCAUGCAGUUUAUGCUGGUGAUGAUGCGAUGAGUUCCGGAAGAUGGUCACACCUGGCUACAGCUGGUGUUCGCAGUGCAUUAUUGGCGCUCAUGUCGCGCUACGGUUUGGAAACUUACAAUCCUUCCCCUGCUAUCACCCGACCCCCAGAUUGAAGUGGUCCCAACAGAACGCGUACGAAAAUGAGGUUAGGACGUGUGCUUCUAUCCGGCAAGAUGUAUACAAUCUGUGACAGUGUUAUGGCGGAUUGCGCUACAAUACGAAAGGAGACGAC